AUGGCUCACCUGUGGCUCCUGGGCACCUGGAGCAUCUGGGGGCUGCUUCUGGGCAGCGCCGCCCCGCGCACAGAUGGUUCUAAAGUAAUUCCCAAAGUCACAGAAAUAAUACCCAAGUAUGGCAGCAUAAAUGGAGCAACAAGGCUGACUAUCAAAGGAGAAGGUUUUGCUCAGGCCAAUGAAUUUAACUACGGAGUUGAUAAUGCUGAAAUGGGAAACAGUGUACAAUUAGUUUCUUCUUUUCGAUCAAUUUCUUGUGAUGUAGAAAAAGAUUCCAGUCAUUCAACUCAAAUUACGUGCUAUACCAGAGCAAUGCCAGAGGAUUCCUACACUGUGAGAGUCAGUGUGGAUGGGGUUCCUGUUACAGAAAAUAAUACCUGCAAAGGUCACAUCAACAGCCAUGCAUGCAGCUUCAAUGCAAAAAGCUUCAGAACCCCUACAAUAAGGAGCAUCACUCCUUUAUCUGGAACUCCAGGUACUUUAAUAACAAUCCAAGGCAGAAUCUUCACUGAUGUCUAUGGAAGCAAUACUGCACUGAGCUCAAAUGGGAGAAAUGUGAGGGUUUUGAGAGUUUAUGUCGGAGGUAUGCCCUGUGAACUUCUCAUUCCACAGUCAGAUCAUUUAUAUGGUCUAAAGUUAGACAAUCUCAGUGGAGACAUGGGUUCUAUGGUUUGUAAGACAACUGGAACUUAUAUUGGUCAUCACAAUGUCAGCUUCAUCUUAGAUAGUGAUUAUGGGCGGAGUUUCCCAGAGAAAAUGGCAUAUUUUGUUUCUGCUCUCAAUAAAAUUUCAAUGUUUCAAACAUAUGCAGAGGUCACUAUGAUUUCCCCUUCAAAAGGAAGCCUUCAAGGUGGCACUACCCUGACAGUCAGCGGGCAGUUCUUUGAUCAGACCGAUUUCCCAGUACGAGUGCUUAUUGGAGGUCAAGCCUGUGAGAUCUUGAAUGUCACAGAAGAGAACAUAUACUGCAAGACACCCCCUAAACCCGAUCAUCUGAGAACUAUGUAUCCAGGUGGGAGAGGCCUAAAGCUAGAGGUGUGGAAUAACAGCCGGCCAGCGCAUUUGGAAGAGAUACUUGAAUACAAUGAAAAAACUCCUGGGUACACAGGUGCCAUUUGGGUCGAUUCGGCUUCCUAUAUUUGGCCCAUGGAACAUGACAUGUUUGUUGCACGUUUCAGUGGAUUUUUUGUGGCUCCAGAUUCUGAUAUUUAUAGAUUCUACAUCAAAGGUGAUGACCGUUAUGCUAUUUAUUUCAGCCAUACUGGAGUUCCAGAAGAUAAGGUGAAGAUCGCAUAUCAUUCUUCCAAUGCCAACAACUAUUUUUCCAGUCCAACACAAAGCUCAGAUGACAUUCAUCUUCAGAAAGGAAAAGAAUACUAUAUUGAAAUCCUGCUACAGGAGUUCAGGCUAAGUGCUUUUGUUGAUGUUGGAUUGUACCAGUCUAAAAAUGUCUAUACUGAACAACAAACAGAAGAUGCAGUAAAUGAAGAACAAGUUGUCAAAUUCCAGUCAACAAUAGUUGAAGAAGUACAGGUUAUAACAUUGGAAAAGUGGGAAACUACUGAUUCUACGAAGGAAGUUCAGAAGAUCACAGUGACCAGCCCAUGUUUAGAGUCUCAUUCAUGUUCACUCUACCAAUACAGAUUAAUCUAUAAAAGGGAAAAAACUGUCUUGAUACCUGCUGAUGCUUCUGAUUCCACACUGCAGUCAGCCUUAAAUGACCUCUGGUCUAUAAAACCGGAUACAGUUCAAGUAAUAAGGACACAAAAUCCUCAAAGCUAUGUUUACACAGUGACCUUUUUAUCCACUAGAGGAGAUUUUGACAUGCUUGGUUAUGAAGUGUUUGAAGGAAACAAUGUCACAUUAGAUAUUACAGAACAAACCAAAGGAAAACCCAGUUUGGACACGUUCACACUGAACUGGGAUGGGAUUUCUUCAAGGCCUCUUACUCCCUGGUCAUCAGAAGCUGAAUUUCAGGAAGCAAUAGAAGAAAUGGUUACUACUAAGUGUCCACCACACAUUUCUCAUUUUGAAGAAGGAUUUGCUGUGAAGUACUUCAGAGAUUAUGAAGCAGAUUUUAAUCUGGAACAUAUUAAUAGAGGACAGAAGACAGCUGAGACUGAUGCUUACUGUGGUCGUUAUUCCCUGAAAAACCCAGCUGUUCUUUUUGACUCAGCAGAUGUUAAAGCCAACAGCCUACCAUAUGGAAACAUUUUAUUAUUUUCUUAUAAUCAGUUAUGUUUAGCAUACAAAGGAUUCCUGGAAAAUUAUAUUGGCCUAAAAUUCCAGUACCAAGACAAAAAGAAGAUUACUAGAAGUAUUGAUGAACAAUUUGCAUAUAACUUUGCUUAUGGGAACAACUGGACCUAUACUUGCAUAGACCUUAUGGAUCUCAUACAAACCAAAUACUCUGGGACAAAUUUUUCUCUUCAGAGGAUUAAUUUACAGAAAACAUCUGAAUCACAGUCCUUCUAUGUGGAUACAGUAUACAUAGGUCAAAUAUCUACGAUCUCAACUUGGGACGAAAUGCCAAAGAGAAGACUUCCAGCCCUAGCAGAUAAAGGAAUAUUUUUAAAGAACUUCCAGGUGAAUCAAACCAAAAUUAAUGGGCCAACAAUGGCUAGCCAGUAUUCCAUCACCAUGACUUCAUACAAUUGUAGUUAUAACAUCCCCAUGAUGGCUGUGGCCUUUGCACAGGCGAUCACAAAGGAGACAGAGAAUGAGUCUGUUUACAGAGGAAAUAAUUGGCCUGGGGAGGCAAAGAUUCGUGUUCAGAGAGCUCAAGCAGCAUCUCCCCCACUAAGUGGCAGCUUUGACAUUCAAGCUUACGGACAUGUUCUCAAAGGCCUUCCUGCCGAUGUUUCAGCUGCAGAUUUGCAGUUUGCCCUCCAGAGCCUGGAAGAAGUGGGACAAGUCUCAGUUACACGAGAGGGCACCUGCGCUGCCUACUCCUGGAACAUCACAUGGAGAAGCACAUGUGGGAGGCAGAAUAUUCUACAGAUUAAUGAUUCUAACAUUAUUGGAGAGAAUGUUAAUGUGACAGUCCUAAAGAUAAAGGAAGGAGGAUUAUUUAGACAACGCAUACUUGGAGACCUACUUCAUAUACCCAGCCAAGAACCACAGGUUGAAGUCUAUGUCAAUGAAAUUCCUGCUAAAUGUUUAGGUGACUGUGGAUUUACAUGGGAUCCUCUAGUGACUCCUUUAAUCUCUAGUACCAGCCCUUCUCAAGGGUCCUAUGAAGAAAAUACAGUUCUAACUAUAUUAGGCUCUGGAUUUUCUCCUAGUUCAUCGGUAUCAGUCUCAGUUGGAACAAACAGUUGCCCUCUUAUUUCUGUGAAUGAAAAUGUGAUCCAGUGCCAGAUUCAGACAGGAAGUGCUGGACUUUUCCCAGUGGUGGUAUUUAUUGCUGAUGUUGGAAUCGCUCAGAACAUUGAGGGGGAGAUAUUCCGCUUCAUGUAUCAGAGUAACAUCUCACACAUCUGGCCUGCUUCUGGAAGCCUUGCUGGUGGUACUCUUCUGACUAUCUCUGGAUUUGGCUUUAGUGAAAAUUCACAAGUAUUGGUUGGCACUGAAACCUGCAUUGUGAUCGAAGGGAACUUGAAUAGGAUAACCUGCAGAACACCAAAAAGAACUGAGGGUACAGUUGAUAUUUCAGUUAUUACCAAUGGAUUUCAAGCCACAGCAAAGGAUGCCUAUAGUUAUAAUUGUUUACAGACUCCAGUUAUAACUGACUUUAGCCCAAAAGUGCGGCCGAUACUAGGAGAUGUUAAUCUUACAAUAAAGGGUUAUAAUUUUGGAAAUGAACUGACACAAAAUAUAGAGGUGUAUGUUGGAGAAAAGCCCUGCAAGAUUCUUCACUGGAACUUUACAGAUGUUAGAUGCCUUUUGCCCAAGUUGUCUCCUGGAAAACAUGAUAUCUAUGUGGAAGUCAAAGAAUGGGGCUUCGCAUCAGCAAGAGACAAGUUAAAUGCUUCUGUACAGUACAUUUUGGAAGUGACCAAUGUGUUUCCACAGAGAGGCUCUUUAUAUGGUGGAACUGAAAUCACUAUUAUAGGUUCAGGAUUCAGCACAAUUCCGGCAGAGAACUCUGUGCUCUUAGGAUCCUUCCCUUGCAAUGUGACAUCAUCCUCUGAAAAUGUCAUUAAAUGUAUUCUCGGUUCAACAGGGAAUAUAUUUAGGAUUACCAACAAUGGGCAAGAUCCAGUCCAUGGAUUAGGUUAUGCCUGGUCACCUUCAGUGCUAAACGUCUCUGUGGGAGAUACAGUGAUUUGGCAUUGGGAAGCACAUCCAUUUCUGAGGGGAAUAGGAUACAGAGUUUUCUCCGUUUCCAGUCCUGGGAGUGUGGUUUAUGAUGGCAAAGGAUUUACAAAUGGAAGAGAAAAAUCUGCAUCAGGCUCAUUUUCUUACCAGUUUACUUCACCUGGACUCCAUUACUACAGCAGCGGCUACGUGGACGAGAUGCAUUCAGUGUUCCUCCAAGGCGUCAUUAUGGUUUUACCAGCUCAAACCAGACAGGUUCCUCUGCACGUGUCUGUGGAUAGCACCGAAGCAACUUUUGCUCAGGGUAAACCUAUGGCUUUACACCCAGAAAGCUCUGCAGCAAGCUGCAUGGCAGUGGAACCCCAGUGUGACCCAGGCAAUGCCAGGGUUCAAAAUUCAAGCAAGCUUGUCUUUGAGCUCUCGAGUUGUUCUUCACCCUCUAUAAACAACAUUACCCCAACUGUCGGAACCCUAAAUGAGCUGAUAACAAUUUCUGGUCAUGGUUUCAGUAAUCUCACAUGUGCCAAUAAGGUUACAAUUGGAAGAUACCCUUGUGUUGUAAAAGAAAGCAGUGCAGAUUCCAUUGUGUGUCAUAUUGACCCUCAAAAUUCAAUGGACGUUGGCAUCAGAGAAAUUGUCUCUGUAACUGUCUACAACCUGGGCACUGCUAUAAGCACACCAUCCAUUGAAUUUGAUCGGCGAUUUGUUCUUUUGCCAAAUAUUGACACGGUAUUGCCAGAUGCAGGAUCAAUUACAGGAAUGACAAAAGUGACCAUCAGAGGCUCUGGAUUCGCAGUGUCCUCUGAGGGUAUAGAAGUCCUUAUGGGUUAUUUUCCAUGCCAAGUUCUAUCUGUGAAUUACACAACCAUUGAAUGUGAGACAUCUCCUGCUCCCCAACAACUGGUUAAAGUCACUCUUCUAGUGCAUGGGGUGCCUGCUGAGUGUCAGGGGAACUGCAGCUUUUCAUAUUUAGAGAGUAUUACUGCUCUUAUCACAAGAAUCACCCCAGACUCUAUCCUGGGGCCUGUAAACGUUCUUAUUGAAGGAGAAGGCUUUGGCACCGUUUUGGAAGACAUCACUGUUUUCAUUGGCAACCAGCCAUUCGGAGCAGUGGAGGUCAACGAGAAUAACAUCACUGUCUCCGUAACUCCUCUCCCAGCUGGGUUCCAUGCUCUUCGUGUUGUGGUGGGCUCUACAGGCUUGGCCCUGGGAAACCUUACCGUCAGCAGCCCGGCCAUAGCAUCUGUCACACCUGCUUCUGGGAGCCUUGGUGGAGGAACCAUUUUGGUCAUCACGGGAAAUGGUUUUACUCCAGGAAACACCACGGUGACUGUUGGAAAUGACCCUUGUCAAAUGAUUUAUGUCAACUUGAGUGAAAUCCACUGCCACAGUCCAGCAGGGGCAGCUGGAAGUGCCAGUGUGAAGAUCACUGCAAAUGCAGUUGCUUACCCACCUCUGCUGUUUACCUAUACCUUGGAGGACACUCCUUUUCUCAGAGAAAUUGUCCCAAAUAAAGGUCCACCAGGAACUGAAAUUCAGAUCACUGGAUCUAAUUUUGGUGUAGAUGCCUUGGACAUUUCAGUGGUGAUAGAUGGUGUUCCGUGCACUGUAAUGAAGCUCAAUGAUAGUGUCCUUCACUGUCUUGCUGGAGACCAUCCUGGUGGUGUGUUUCCUGUUCUGAUGCAUCAUGGGAAAAAAGGCUCUGCUGUGUCAACAGUUACAUAUGAGUACCCACUUACCAUUCAAAAUAUUCAACCAAGCCAAGGAAGCUUUGGAGGUGGCCAGACCCUGACUCUGACAGGCAGUGGGUUCAGUCCACAAAAUUCUGUCGUGUCAGUAUGUGGCUCAGCGUGUACAGUGGACAGACUUAACUCAGACAGCACAACACUUGUAUGUAAAAUUCCACCUCAUCAUGGUGAGGGACCGGCGCAAGCCUGUGAAGUGACUGUGGCCAAUGGGAAGGAUCUGUCCCAGUCUCCUGCCCUUUUUACGUAUUCCGCAUCCCUGACGCCGUUCAUCAGUGCAGUAUCUCCCACGAGAGGCACCACAGCUGGGGGAACCAGGCUGACAGUGGAAGGAACCGGCUUCAGUGAAAAUAUGCAGGAUGUCCUGGUCAUGAUAGGUAAAGCCAAAUGUGAUGUUGAAUAUUCCAACAAGACAUGUAUCAUCUGUGUGACAAGUGUCCACAUGUCUUCAGGGGAGGUGCCAGUGCAUGUCAACAUCAGAAGCAGUGGGCUGGCCAGAGUGGACGAUGCCUACUUCAGCUAUGUUGAUGUGUGGUCGUCCAGCUUAUCCUGGGGAGGAAAAUCUCCCCCUGAGGAAGGGUCACUAGCUGUUAUCACAAAAGGACAAACCAUUUUAUUGGAUCAAAAUACCCCUGUCCUGAAAAUGUUGCUUAUUCAGGGUGGAACUCUAAUUUUUGAUGAAGCUGACAUCGAACUCCAAGCAGAAAAUAUUCUAAUUACGGAUGGAGGCAUUCUUCAGAUUGGGACAGAAGCAUCCCCAUUUCAACACCAGGCCAUCAUUACCUUGCACGGGCACCUCCGGUCUCCUGAACUCCCAGUGUAUGGCGCCAAAACAUUAGCAGUGCGAGAAGGGACCCUGGAUCUGCACGGUCUUCCAGUUCCUGUGAUCUGGACUCGUUUGGCUCAGACUGCAAAGGCUGGGGAAAAGACUUUGAUUUUACAAGAAGCAGUGACAUGGAAAGCAGGAGACAAGAUUGUAAUUGCAAGCACUGGGCACAGGCACAGUCAACGAGAGAAUGAAAAAAGGACCAUUGCAUUUGUAUCUGCUGAUGGCAUAAACAUUACACUGGCUGAUCCACUAAAUUACACACACUUAGGCAUUACUGUCACUCUCCCUGAUGGAACACUGUUUGAAGCAAGGGCAGAGGUUGGAAUUCUUACAAGAAAUAUUUUGAUAAGAGGAUCCAAUAACAUGGAAUGGGAUAACAAAAUUCCAGCAUGCCCAGAUGAAUUUGACACAGGUGAAUUUGCCACACAGACAUGUUUCCAAGGAAAGUUUGGAGAAGAAAUAGGAAGUGACCAGUUUGGAGGUUGCAUAAUGCUUCAUGCUCCUAUGCCUGGAGCUAACAUGGUAAUUGGAAGAAUAGAAUAUGUGGAGAUAACUCACGCUGGCCAGGCUUUCCGAUUGGGACGAUAUCCAAUACACUGGCAUCUGCUUGGAGACUUACAAUUUAAAUCUUAUGUGAAGGGUUGUGCAAUUCACCAGACCUAUAACAGAGCUGUUACUAUCCAUAACACACAUCACCUUCUCGUUGAGAGAAAUAUUAUCUAUGAUAUUAGGGGAGGAGCCUUUUUUAUAGAAGAUGGUAUUGAACAUGGCAAUAUCUUGCAAUAUAACUUGGCAAUAUUUGUCCAGCAAAGUACCAGUCUUUUGAACGAUGAUGUCACUCCCGCUGCAUUUUGGGUCACCAACCCAAACAAUACCAUACGACACAAUGCAGUUGCCGGAGGCACUCACUUCGGUUUUUGGUAUCGAAUGAACAAUCACCCCGACGGACCAUCAUUUGACCGAAACAUUUGCCAAAAAAGAGUUCCUCUUGGAGAAUUUUUUAACAACACUGUUCAUUCUCAAGGCUGGUUCGGAAUCUGGAUAUUUGAAGAAUAUUUUCCCAUGCUAACAGGAUCUUGUACUUCGACAGUACCGAUACCUGCAGUAUUUCACUCACUCACAACUUGGAAUUGUCAGAAAGGGGCCGAGUGGGUCAACGGAGGUGCCCUUCAAUUCCAUAACUUUGUGAUGGUAAAUAAUUACGAGGCUGGCAUCGAGACCAAGAGGAUCCUGGCUCCUUUUGUUGGAGGAUGGGGUGAAACCAGUGGGGCAAUGAUUAAAAAUGCCAAAAUUGUUGGUCAUCUUGAUGAGCUGGAAAUGGGGUCCACGUUUUGCACCAUGAAAGGUCUGAUUCUCCCAUUCAGUGAAGGUUUGACUGUAUCCUCUGUGCGCUUCAUGAACUUUGACCGUCCCGGCUGUGUAGCUUUGGGAGUGACAUCUAUCACUGGGGUUUGUAAUGAGAGAUGUGGAGGCUGGAGCGCAAAAUUUGUGAAUAUCCAAUAUUUUCACGCUCCCAACAAGGCUGGCUUCCGGUGGGAGCAUGAAGUGGUACUCAUUGAUACUGAUGGUUCACUUACAGGUCACAAAGGACAUACCGUCAUUCCAUACAGCCCCUUGCUGGACCCAUCUCACUGCACUCAAGAGGCCGAGUGGAGCAUUGGCUUCCCUGGGGCUGUUUGCGAUGCCUCCGUCAGCUUCCACCGUUUAGCAUUCAACAAGCCAUCCCCAGUGUCUUUGCUUGAAAAGGAUGUGGUUCUCUCAGACUCUUUUGGUACAAGUAUUGUUCCCUUUCAGAAGAAACGGCUGACACACAUGGCUGGUUGGAUGGCUCUGAUACCCAAUGCCAAGCACAUAAACUGGUACUUUAAAGACGUAGAGCACAUAACCAACAUAUCAUAUACUUCCACAUUCUAUGGAUUUAAAGAAGAAGACUAUGUAAUCAUAUCCCAUAACUUCACUCAAAACCCUUACAUGUUUAAUGUUAUUGAUAUGAGGAAUGGCUCUACAAAUCCGUUGGAUUGGAACACGAGCAAGAAUGGAGACUGGCACCUUGAAGCAAACACCAGUACUCUAUAUUAUAUGGUGUCAGGUCGAAAUGAGCUUCCUCAGAGCCAGCCCAUUUCUGGCACUUUGGACCCUGCUGUGAAGGAUGUUGUGAUUAAUUUCCAAGCUUACUGCUGCAUUCUCCAGGAUUGUUUUCCUGUACAUCCCUCAGCAAGGAAACCAAUUCCCCGGACACGACCAGCCACGUAUAACUUAUGGUCAAAUGAUUCUUUUUGGCAAUCGUCUCCUGAAAAUAAUUAUACUGUACCUCAUCUAGGAGCAAAUGUGAUUAUUCCUGAAGGAACAUGGAUUGUCGCUGAUACAGAUAUCCCACCAAUGGAAAGACUCAUUAUUUGGGGGGUUCUAGAACUGGAAGAUAAACUAAAUGUGAGAGCUACGAACACUUACAGAAAAGUUGUUCUGAAUGCCACCUAUAUAUCGGUACAGGGAGGUAGGUUAAUCGGUGGCUGGGAAGAUAAUCCCUUUAAAGGUGAAUUACACAUUGUUCUUAGAGGAAAUCAUUCUACUCCAGAAUGGCCUCUUCCAGAAGGACCAAAUCAAGGAUCAAAGGUCUUAGGGGUCUUUGGUGAGCUGGAUCUUCAUGGAGUCCCACGUGCGAUAUAUAAAACUAAACUCUCAGAGACUGCAGAAUCAGGCUCCAAAAUCCUCUCUCUGAUGGAUGCUGUGGAUUGGCAGGAGGGAGAAGAGAUUGUGAUAACAACCACAAGCUAUGAUUUCCACCAGACAGAAACUAGAAGUAUUGUCAAAAUCUUGCAUGACCACAAAAUUCUUGUUCUCAAUGAAACCCUUUCCUAUACUCACCUUGCUGAAAGACACCGAAUUCCUGAAACAGGUCAGAGCUACACCUUAGCAGCUGAUGUUGGAUUGUUGAGUAGAAACAUCAAAAUACUUGGUGAAGAUUACCCAGGUUGGUUCAAGGAAUCUUUUGGUGCACGCGUUCUGGUCAGCUCAUUCACUCAAAAUAUGAUGACGUUUAAAGGAAAUGCAAGAAUAAGUAAUGUGGAAUUUUAUCACAGCGGGCAAGAAGGCUUUAGGGAUAGCACAGAUCCAAGAUAUGCGGUAACAUUUCUCAACCUAGGACAGAAUGCUGAGCGUGGUUCAUCUUACAUUCGAGGCUGUGCUUUUCACAAUGGCUUUUCUCCAGCAAUUGGUGUAUUUGGAACAGAUGGAUUAGACAUAGAUGAUAACAUCAUUUACUUUACAGUGGGGGAAGGCAUACGAAUAUGGGGUGAUGCCAACAGAGUCCGAGGAAAUUUGGUAGCACUUUCUGUUUGGCCGGGAACCUAUCAAGACAGAAAAGACCAAAGUUCAACUCUCUGGCAUGCAGCAAUUGAGAUAAAUAGAGGGACAAAUACGGUCGUACAAAAUAACAUCGUAGCUGGAUUUGGAAGGGCUGGUUAUCGCAUUGAUGGUGAACCUUGCUCAAGUCCAUCUAAUCCCACGGAAAAGUGGUUUGACAACGAAGCCCAUGGAGGAUUAUACGGCAUUUAUAUGAACCAGGAUGGCCUUCCUGGGUGCUCCCUGAUACAGGGCUUUACCAUCUGGACAUGCUGGGAUUAUGGGAUUUAUUUCCAGACCACAGAGACUGUGCAUAUCUACAAUGUGACCCUGGUUAACAAUGGAAUGGCCGUUUCUUCAAUGGUAUAUAUGCCAGCUGCUGUAUCUCAUGAAAUUUCCAGUAAAACAGUGCAAAUUAAGAACUCAUUAAUUGUUGGGAGUAGUCCUGAAUUUAAUUGCUCUGAUGUCCUAACUAAUGAUGAUCCUAAUAUCGAACUCUCGGCUGCCCAUAGAAGUUCUAGACCUCCAUCAGGUGGGAGAAGUGGGAUUUGCUGGCCUACGUUUGCUUCUGCGCACAACAUGGCACCCCGGAAACCCCACGCUGGGAUUAUGAGCUACAAUGCCAUCAGUGGCCUUUUAGACAUCUCAGGUUCAACAUUUGUUGGUUUUAAGAAUGUUUGUUCAGGUGAAACUAAUGUGGUAUUUAUUACCAAUCCUUUAAAUGAAGAUUUACAGCAUCCAAUCCAUGUCAAGAACAUACAACUCAUUGAUACUACUGAACAAUCAAAAAUAUUUAUACAUAGGCCUGAUAUAAGUAAGGUGAAUCCAUCUGAUUGUGUAGAUAUGGUUUGUGAUGCCAAAAGGAAAUCUUUGCUUAGAGAUAUGGAUGGGUCCUUUCUGGGGAAUUCUGGCUCAGUGAUACCUCAAGCAGAAUAUGAAUGGAACGGAAAUAGCCAGUUGGGAAUUGGAGACUACAGAAUUCCUAAUGUGAUGCUCACAUCCCCAAAUGGAAGUAGAAUCCCCAUCACUGAGAAAGCACCAUACAAAGGGAUUAUUAGGGAUUCAAGCUGUAAAUACAUUCCAGAAUGGCAGAGCCAUCGAUGCUUUGGUAUGGAAUAUGCAAUGAUGGUUAUUGAAAGUCUGGAUUCUGACACAGAGACUCGAAGACUUUCCCCAGUGGCUAUAGUGAGCAAUGGUUAUGUUGAUCUCAUUAAUGGCCCACAGGACCACGGCUGGUGUGCUGGAUACACGUGUCAGAGGAGGCUAUCCCUGUUCCAUAGCAUCGUGGCGCUGAACAAAUCUUAUGAAGUUUACUUCACUGGCACCAGUCCUCAGAAUCUCCGCCUAAUGUUACUUAAUGUGGACCAUAACAAGGCUGUUAUGGCUGGAAUUUUUUUCCCCACACUUCAGCGUUUGGAUGUCUACGUGAACAAUGCUUUGGUCUGCCCAAAAAAUACAGCAUGGAACUCCCAACAGAAAUACUGUGAACUGAAUAGUCGUCUCUCUGCAGACCAAGUCCUACCUAAGCUGAAUUCUACCAUUCUUGGAGAAAACUACUUCGAUAGAACCUACCAGAUGCUUUAUCUUUUGAUUAAAGGGACUAUUCCUGUUGAAAUCCAUACUACUGCAGUCAUAUUUGUUUCUUUCCAAUUACCAGCUGUAGCUGAGGAUGACUUUUAUAACUCUCACAAUCUGGUUAGAAAUCUUGCUCUGUUUCUAAAGAUACCAAGUGACAAAAUUCGUAUCAGCAAAAUCCUACGAGGGGAACAUGUACGGAGUAAGAGAUCCAUAGGACUCACCCUGGAAUUGGAGAUUGGAGACCCUCCCCCUCAGUUCCUGAGCAAUGAUACCACAGGCCAGAUGCAUGUAUCUGAACUCCAGGAAAUUGCUGGUUCUCUUGGACGAGCUGUAAUUUUAGGAAAAACCAUGAAUAUCCUUGGAUUUAAUGUCUCUUCCAUGUCUAUUAGCAAUCCUAUCCCUAACCCACAGGACUCUGACUGGAUCAAGGUGACUGCCCAGCCCGUGAAAAGGUCCGCAUUUCCUGUCCAUCAUGUGGCCUGGGUGUCCUUGCUCUCCGUGAUCACUCAGCCAGUGGCAGCACAGCCAGGACAGCCACUGUCUCAGCAGCCUUCAGUCAAGGCUGUAGAUUCUGAGGGUAACUGUGUGUCAGUUGGGAUUACUUCACUGACAUUGAAGGCAGUACUAAAAGAUGCCAGUAACAAAGAAAUCAGUGGUCUUAGUGGAAACACAACAAUCCCAUUCAUCAGCUGUUGGGCCAACUACACAGACCUCACUCUACUUAGGACAGGACAAAAUUUGAAGAUUGAAUUUAUCCUGGAGAAUAUUGCCCGGGUGCAGUCCAGGGCCUUCAGCCUGCCCACACAGCAGGUCUCAAUGGGCAGUGGCGGCAGUGGCAGUGGUGGCGGCAGCAGCGGUGGCAGCAGUAGCAAAGCAUCAUCUGUAGGCACAGCUGCUCAGGUGCUGGUGGUGGUAGUGACCUGUCUUCUGGGAAGAGCACUGCUCCUGGGAAUGUCUGUGUCUGCGGUCCCAAUCCUGGGCAGAACUGGAGGAAGAAACUGAAAUACUGCUUCAAAGGCCAGACUGAAGAAGCAAAAUAUAAGAAAU